AUGACAGCCCAGGCAUACAAUCUCUGGGUGGGAGGCCAGGAAAAGCCGGGUCAUGCAGAGCAGAUCCCGGUCGAAGACCCCGCGACAGGUGAGAUCUUUGCCAACUGUCACGCAGCGUCCCUGGAAGACGUGGAAGAAACGAUUCGUCUGGCGCACGAAACCUUCAAGGCUGGAACGUGGUCUAGAGCGCCCCGACAUGUUCGCGCCGAUGUUCUCGACAAGACAGCUGAGCUGCUCGCCGCCGAGCUGCCCUCGCUGAUCCCUCUCGAGGUGCGCCAGACUGGACGCGCGAUACGCGAGAUGCGUGCCCAGGUGCCCACCUUGGUCAAGUGGUUUAAGUACUAUGCCGCCUUGCUGCGCACCGAAGAGCGUGCGGUACUGCCGACCGUGGGCAAGCUGCACAACUGGAUAGACCGUGUGCCGCUGGGUGUCGUGGUACAGAUCACGCCCUUUAAUCAUCCGCUCCUGAUUGCUGUCAAGAAGAUAGCGCCCGCCCUUGCAGCGGGAAACAGCGUCGUGGUGAAGCCGAGCGAACUGACGCCGCUCACGACGCUGCUGCUGGGCAAGAUUCUACAGAAGGCGGGCGUGCCAGACGGAGUGUUCCACGUCCUCCCUGGGUACGGUGCAACAACUGGCAAGGCCCUCGUCGAGCAUCCGCUCGUUCGCAAAGUCGACGUCACGGGCGGAACCGUGGCUGGGAGAGCGAUUGGCUCAAUUGUCGGCGGCAAUCUGGCGCGGUACACGGCGGAACUGGGGGGCAAAGCGCCGCUUAUUGUCUUCAACCAGGCCGACGUGGAUGUUGCGGUCAAUGGCAUCGCAUUCGGGUCAUUCAUUGCUAGCGGCCAAACAUGCGUCGCCAGCACCAGAAUCCUCGUCCAGGAAGACAUCAUGCAGCUAGUGCUGGAGAAACUCAGAGCCAAGGCCGAAUCUAUCGUUCGGCGGAUGGGCUCACCGAGUAAUCAGGAAUCCAUGAUGGGACCGCUGGUGUCGGCGAAGCAACUGCAAAACGUGGAGGCGCUGGUGAAUGAAGCGCUCGCUGCAGAGGGUGCAGCCUUCACCGGCGGCCGUCGCAUGUCUGGAACGAGUAGUCUCGAUGGAACCGACUUUGCCAAGGGAUACUAUUUAGAACCGACGGUGCUGGUGUCUCGUGCCGAGGGCGACAUCCUCAAGUCGCGCAUCUGGCGGGAGGAAGCGUUUGGGCCGGUGAUUGUGGUGGCGCCGUUCAAGACAGAAUCAGAGGCCAUCGCCCUCGCCAAUGACAGUGAAUUCGGCUUAGGAGCGGGCAUCUGGACGCGGGACGUGGCGCAAGCGUUUCGAGUGUCGGAACAAAUCGACGCAGGCAUCGUGUGGGUGAAUACGCACCAUCGAAACGAUCCCAGCAGUCCGUGGGGUGGCGCAACGAGCGCGAGCGGUGUUGGCAGCGAGAACGGCAUCGAUGCGUACCAGGCUUACACGACAACCAAGAGCACAAUCAUCAGCUUUGCAAGCCCGGAGGAGGCGCUGGCGGCAGAUGACUGGUUCCGCGAGGGCGCCGGCGACGUGCGGUACGGGUAG